AUGAAUUUUGAAUUUGAAAGGGAGAUCGGUUUUAUAAACAGCCAGCCAUCCCUAGCAGAGUGCCUGACGUCCUUCCCCGCCGCCCUGGAGUCAUUUCAAACUUCAUCAAUCAAGGAGUCGACAGUAAUUCCGCCUCCCUUCGAGCACACCAUCCCCAGCCUCAGCCCCUGCACAGCCAGCCAGCCGAGACCGGCUGUUAGGAGCCAGCAGAACCGGAGAACCUCCGCCACUAAUGGCCUCCAGACGCACCACCGAGGCGCCCAGCAGCCCGGACCGACGGGCCAGGCCCCUGCCCCGGUCACGGCGACCCAGGCCGGUCCGCUGGCCCACGAGUUCCCCUGGAUGAAGGAGAAGAAGUCAUCCAAGAAGUGCCCCAAGCCUGGGGGCAGCUCCGGCGGUAGCGGAUCCAUCAUCCCCCCCGCCUCGUCCUCCCCGUCGCCGACCGCCUCCGGGUACGCUUCGGCGGGCAUCGAGUCACCCACAGAUCCAAAUCAGGCGGGCCUGGAUGGUGGAGGAGCCGGGUCCCGCCGGCUGCGCACCGCGUACACCAACACGCAGCUGCUGGAGCUGGAGAAAGAGUUCCACUUCAACAAGUACCUAUGUCGGCCCAGGAGGGUGGAGAUCGCCGCUCUUUUGGAUCUGACCGAGCGACAGGUUAAAGUUUGGUUCCAGAACCGGCGGAUGAAACACAAGCGCCAGACCACGCACCACAGGGACGGCGGAGGAGGAGGUGGAGGCCACGAAUCCAGCGACCCGGGCGGGUUUGAGCCCCUCGAAGGCGCCGAUGCCUCAUCUCCAUACUCAAGCCAGCCGCUGGAGGCAUCUGGCACUGGGGAAGCUACACUGGAGGACGAGGCAGUAAGCGAUCCAUCUUCUGCGGCAGCUCCCUCCGCCUACGUUAAUGACAGCGGGGACAAUGCGCAGCCCACGCCGGAGGAGGGAGGCCGUUUGAGCCGCCCCGAACGCCCACCGCUGCCUGGGGAAUCCAGCUCCUCUGAAGCUGCUGCCUCUCACCAUUCCCCGCCGUCCUUCACAGCGACGAACUCCGCCGACAACCCGGGCCUGGUGCAGCUGAGCGAGGCCGCGCCCGCAGGAACAGCAGCAGAGUCCGAUCCAUCGUUCACCGAGCAGCGGGACAUCUCCAUCACCUCCGCCGCCUCCUCUGCUCCCUCUGCCGCCUCCUCCUCAUCCGCGCUCCCCGACUUAACCUUCUUCGGCGGGGACUCCUGCCUGUCACCCAGCCUGCAGAGCUCCCUGGAUAGCCCGGUGGAUUUCUCCGAGGAGGACUUCGACCUGUUCACAAGCACACUGUGCACCAUAGACCUGCAGCACCUCAACUUCUGAGGCCUGCGACGUUCGUUUAAAAACAAAAGAACAUUAAAAAUAUAUAUUUAAAAAAAAAAAAAGGAAAAAAGGAGGGGACGGACAGGCCUGUGUGGAUGAACAAUCGAGCGGAGGAGUCAAGCCUCGGCAAAGGACUCUGGUCUGAAAAGAAUUAAAGCUUCUCGGCAACAUUCCUGAAACAUUUCUGACUGAAAAUUCUGUUCGUUUUGAAAUAUACUUUUUCGUUUUCUUGCUGGUGUUAUUUUGCGGAUAAAAUGUAGUUUAAGAGAGAUGCAGUUAAUUUAAUUCUUUUUUAAUUUUUUUAAUUUUAAACAUCGAAGGGAUUUUUUUCUUUCACGAUCGAAACGUUGUGGAUAUUUUUUUUUCUCCCUCUUGUCCAAAUUUCAGGUAUUUAUUGCCUUUCUUGUUUUCCAUCUUUUUUUUUUUUUUUUUUUUUUUUUUUUUUGUUAAAAUGAUUAACCCUUAUCGGCGAGUGUGGAUUUAUUUCCUCUAGUCCAUUCUGGUGCAGCUUCGUGGAUCCUUAAUAACUUCUCAGGAACUGUUCACGGAGUCUAGGUGCAGAUAGCUGGACUGCUUUUAGAAAAAUCUAAACUGAAGGAUGAAUUCAUUCUCUCUCUGAACGAGACAAGACGAGAGGGAAGCCCUGCUGACGACCCGAGUUUUAGACCCUAGUUUAUUUAUUGAGAUUCUUUAAUAGUGAAAAUCCAAAUUAUUUAUUGUAUAUAUAUUUUCAUAGUGGAAUAAUAAUAAUAAUAAAACAUACAAACAUUUA